AUGGGUUCUCUAACGUUGGAGAAGACUAGUUUCCUUGUUUCCUUGGUUACAAUAUCUAUAUGUUUCUCAACAGCCAAUGUUACUUCUGCUUCUUCAGAAGAAGCCACUGCUCUCCUUAAAUGGAAAGCUAGCCUUCAGAAUAACUCUCUGCUGGCUUCAUGGACUCUUCUUCCUAAUAAUGCCACCAAUUCUUCCAGCCACCCAAGGCCUAGUGCUAGCCCAUGCACAUGGUAUGGCGUUUCUUGCAGUAACCGUGGAGCCGUGGUCGGAUUGAACCUCACAAGUUCGGGUAUAAAUGGUACGCUCUACGACUUUCCAUUCUCGUCUCUCCCCAAUCUUUCAUAUCUUGAAAUCAGCUGGAAUAAUCUCUCUGGUAUAAUCCCUCCUCAAAUAGGUCAACUUUUCAACCUCAUCUAUCUUGAUUUGUCUGGCAAUCAACUUUCAGGAAUAAUCCCACCAGAAAUUGAAGGAUUAAAAAAUCUUCAGAGCCUUCGUCUGUCCGUAAAUAGUUUGAAUGGGACUAUUCCCCGAGAAAUAGGCCAACUAAAAUCUCUUGCUUAUAUUACAUUGGCUGUCAAUCAACUUUCAGGAAUAAUCCCCCCCGAACUUGGCUUGUUAAAACAUCUUCAGAACCUUCUCCUGUUCAAAAAUAAUUUAUACGGUUCUAUCCCGCAAGAAAUCGGCCAACUAAAAUCUCUGAUUGAUCUGGCUUUGUACACCAACAACUUUAGUGGUUACAUUCCUGCUUCUCUUGGUAGUUUGAGCAAGUUGACUUAUUUAUAUCUAUACAAUAAUAGUCUUUCUGGUCCCAUUCCUCCUGAAAUGGGAUUGUUCCAUAAUCUUCUUGAGCUCGACAUAAGCACCAAUCAUUUGACAGGUCCCAUUCCUUCCACUUUCCCCAACUUAAAUAAGUUGACUUUGUUGCACCUUUAUGAUAAUCAACUUUCUGGUUCCAUUCCUGAAGCCUUAGGAAACUUGAAAUCCCUCAAAGCAUUGAUGUUGGGGGGGAACCAACAACUGAAUGGUUCCAUUCCUGCUUCACUUGGUAAUCUGAGCAAUUUAGAAAUGUUAGGCCUCAAUUGCAACAAUCUUUCUGGUUUCAUCCCACAAGAACUGGGAAAAUUGAAAUUGGUUGAACUACAAAUUCAAAAAAAUCAGCUCUCUGGCCAUUUACCAGAACAAAUUUGCCAAGGUGAAAAACUGUCGUACUUCAAUUGUCGCAGCAACCAACUCACUGGUCCAAUCCCCAAAAGUUUUAGAAAUUGCUCAAGCUUAGUCAGAGUCCACCUCAGCGGCAAUCGGCUCACUGGAAAUAUGUCUGAAGAUUUUGGUGUCUAUCCAGACAUGAAAUUCAUUGAUCUUAGUAACAAUGAAUUUUAUGGUAAACUCACUGAUAACUGGGGUAAUAGCUGGGGUAGGUGCAAACAACUGAAAAUCUUGAAGAUCGCAGGGAACAACAUCACGGGUAGCAUACCACCAGAGUUAGGAAAUUCAACUCAAUUUCAUAUACUUGAUUUUUCUUCAAAUCAUUUAACUGGGGAGAUUCCGAAGGAAUUUGGAAAGUUGACUUCUCUGCUGGAGUUGUAUUUGAAUGGCAACCAACUUUCUGGUGGUAUACCUCAGGAACUAGGAUCACUUAAUGGUCUGUUGUCUUUGGACCUGUCGAGAAACAAACUGAGCGGGUCACUGCCAGGGUCUCUUGUACACUGUUUGCCACUGCAUUACUUAAACUUGAGCAACAACAUUUUUUCCAAAGAAAUUUCAGUUCAGAUGGGUAUGUUAGUUCACCUGUCUCAGCUGGAUUUGAGUCAUAAUUUGCUCACAGGGAAAAUACCAUCGCAAAUAAAAAGUUUGCAGAGUUUGGAAGUAUUGAAUCUCUCCCACAAUAACCUCUCUGGACUUAUUCCAAAGGAUUUUGAAGACAUGCGUGGCUUGUCAAAUAUUGACAUAUCCUACAAUGAGUUGGAAGGUCCCAUCCCCAACAGUGCAGCUUUUAUGAAUGCUUCAAUAGAAGCUGUGAAAGGGAACAAAGGAUUGUGUGGCAAUAUUACGGGAUUGCAACCUUGCAAAAACCGUUCCUCAGUCCACAAAGAUUUUCAAAAGAGAGGCCUCAAAAUCGAACUCUGUCUUCUUGGAGCAGUUCUAUUUUUAUGUGCAUUCAUAGGACUACUCAUUGAUUCUAAAAAAAGAAAGAGAAGUUCACAAGUCGAACAUAGCAAGGUGCAAACUAGAGAUCUAUUUGCAAUAACAACUUUUGAUGGAAGAGCAUUGUAUGAUGAAAUCUUAAAAUCCACAAAUGAUUUUGAUGCCACACAUUGCAUAGGACAGGGAGGAUAUGGAGUUGUUUACAAAGCAAAUCUGCCACCGGCUAAUGUAGUAGCUGUGAAGAAGCUUCAUCCCUCAUCUGAGAUGGUAGAUUGUAAAGGUUUCUUAAGUGAGGUAAGAGCAUUAACAGAAGUACGACAUCGGAAUAUCGUGAAAUUCUAUGGUUUUUGUCAACAUGCUCGACAUUCAUUUUUGAUCUAUGAGUACCUUGAAACGGGUAGCUUGGCCACAAUGUUGAGCAUAGAAGAUGAAGCUAAGAAAUUGGACUGGCCUAAGAGGGUGAAUAUUGUUAAGGGUGUGGCUCAUGCUUUGGCCUUGGCCACAAUGUUGAGCAUAGAAGAUGAAGCUAAGAAAUUAGACUGGCCUAAGAGGGUGAAUAUUGUUAAGGGUGUGGCUCAUGCUUUGGCGUACCUGCACCAUGAUUGCUCACCAGCGAUUGUUCAUCGAGACAUCAAAAGUAGCAACAUUUUACUGGAUACCGAGUACGAGGCUCGUAUUUCAGAUUUUGGCGCUUCUAAGCUUCUGAAACUAGACUCUUCUAAUUGGAGCGCAAUUGCGGGCACAUAUGGUUAUGUUGCACCAGAGUUUGCUUACACGAUGAAGGUGACUGAGAAGUGCGAUGUGUUUAGCUUCGGUGUGUUAACACUGGAAGUGAUGAAAGGAACACAUCCAGGGGAUUACAUCACUUAUUUGGUUUCUCAAUCAACUGAGAACAUGCAGCUGGAGGAUUUAUUGGACAAGCGUCUUCCGUCUCCCUCACUUGAAAUCAAGGAAGUACUGCUAUCCGUUUUAAAAUUGGCAAGAGAAUGUCUACAGGCCGAUCCACGAUUCAGGCCAACGAUGUAUGCUGUUUCUCAGCAGUUGUCAACCUGAACAACACCUUAUUAGUGGCAGCUUGAAUGGUCCUUCUGGGCAUAGUGCAAGGGUAGCUAAGUAAUGAUAUGGUAUUUUAUUGAUACAAAUGCUUGUUUAAUAUAUGAUUUUGUUUCUUUGUAGCUUUCGGCCUUUUUUUGACUUGUUAAAAGG